AUGUUCAUUGUGUUUGGCAAUGUUUUUGCAAGCACUUCAAGGCGGGAAAGCAUGUUCUCUGAGGAGGUGCCAGGUUUCAUCCCCUGUGCACCACGGAAGAUGUGCCUGGCCGACAAGCUCCAACUUUCAAAGCUAGCUCAGAAAGUUCGCCAGGCCAAGGAUCGGGCCUCCCGCAGCGCGAAGCCUGGCAUCCAUUUCUAUGGAGUGAAAUUGGUUCAUAUCUCGUGGCCGGAUGCUGAUGACUUGCUAAGCAAUGCCUUGGAAUUUGACAACGAGGUUGAAGGACCCUGGCCUUUAGGACGACGUGCUGCCUUGCAGAUCAGGUGGAUCAGCGACCACAUCCAGUUUCGAAUACUUCCUUACGAACUGGCACAUGCUGACAUGAUGGGGAUCGGUCCAAUACCUCCCAUCACAAAGACGCCACAG